AUGUCCUCUGGGUACCGCACCGAAAUCAUUACUUUGCUUGAGGACGCAGACACACUCCUUGCAGCUCCCAAAACAUUCAAUGUCCCCCUGAAAGGACCCACUCAAUCAAACGCCCAAUUUUAUGCUGCCAUUCAAGCUUCCCUAGCAGACCUAAAUCUUGAGUUCCAAAAUUUAUGCGAAAUAGCUGAUGAACUUUCCCAAGCACACCGUAAUUGGAUGUCGCUCAGAAGUAACAUGACAGGACCUGAACGUUUGUCCGAUAAUUCAUUUUAUGACCAAUUUUAUGCGCAAUACCCCUAUAUCGAAACCCUCAACAAAUUGAAGCAAUACAAACGAAAAUUGCGCUCUUCGCAGCAUUUACUAGAAGGAGCGCUACCCUCCUCUUCCACUCAAUCCUCCUCGCAUGCUCAUAUACCCAAAAUGAACCUUCCCUCUUUUAGUGGCAAAUCUGCCGACUUUCUUUCCUUUUGGAAUCAAUUUUCCGCUGCUAUAGGAAAUAUCUCUUCCCUUUCCGACGCCGUAAAACUCUCGUAUUUAAAAUCUUGCUUAGCUGGCCCUUCUCUCGCAACAAUCGAAUCCCUACCCCUUACUGACGACUCUUACGGCCAAGCCGUUCAGCUUCUUAAAAAUAAAUUCGACAACAAAGAAGAAAUUAUUCGCAGCCUCUACCAAGCAAUUAGAAAUCUCCCAACCGUUCGAAAGGGAGAAAACUUCAACGAAGAUUUUGCUACACUUACCGACAACCUAGAAUCCAUAUUAAUCCAAUUUAGACAACAUAAUUCUGAUUUUAAUAAUCCUUCAAUUCUAAUGGAUAUUGAAUGUAAACUACCUGAUUUUGUAUUAGAAGAAGUCUACAAAACAAAAGAACAACACGUCGGGAAUUGGACAACAGAAGAUUUAAAAGAAUGCUUAAAAAAUAUUAGAAAAAGAAGAGAAGAAAUUAAUGCUAUUCACCCAUCAAGCCCGACUCCACAAAGUCGAAAUGUUCAGCAAUUGCCUCCUCUUCGAUUGGACACCCCCGUAAGUAAACGAAAUUAUUUACCUUUUAACAGGCCACUGCCAACAAGAAAUUUACAACCAGUCCCCCCGUUAAACAUUUCUGCAGUGGCUGUUCAACAAAAUUAUAGAAACUCUGGCUUUAAACACCCCUGCUUAUUCUGCAACGACACCAGCCACAUUACCACCUACUGCAAAAAAUUUCCGGAUUACAAUUCCCGGAUUGCUAUACUUAAUGAAUUAAACCGCUGCACCCGAUGCCUGCAGCCCAAUCAUAUUUUUAAAAAUUGCCCUAACCCUUCCCAAUGUAAAAAUUGCAAUAAAAUGCACCCUCGUCCCCUUUGCUAUAAUAUCCUCGCAAAAUUCAGCCAAAAAACAAAUAUUUGCAAUAGCCAAAUCCACACGUCAAAUUAUGCAUCCCGAAAUUGCUAUGAAAACAAUACCCACCAGCAACCCAAAACUUAUGAAAUUAAUCAGCAAACAAAUACUAUCGGGCAUUACUGUAACUCAAUCACACCUCAGCCCACGAUACUACCGAUAAAUGCACAAAUAACCCCUUGCCAAGCAAACAGAAAUUUCUCGCCUCCCCCAAAAAAUCCCAUCGUAGAAACCAAAAGGGCAGCUGAAUUCUCAGCCCAUAUCUUGCAAAUAAAUCCUCCAACCCCCAUAUGCAACACAAUUUACAGAUCACACUCUUACUUCAACCACGAUUACGAAAAAAUACAUAAAAAUUUGCUUUACCCUCGGGCCAGUGUCGCUUACAAUACUAAGAAAUCCGCCACCCCAACCUCCUCUAACUACAAAAAGAAAGUGAAAGUGCAAGCUAAAACAAAAAUGAAACAACCAAAAUUAACUCCCACGGCUAACUACACACUCCCACCAACAAUUAUUAAAACAACAACAACAAACCAUCCACCCAUUAAUACAACAACAACUACUAAACCAACGUUUUGCAACAACAAAUUCAGGAAGAAACACUCUUCUGCGAAGAAAAAUUUAGCUAAUAAAGGUAAAAAUGUUUUUGCCACAAAAAACCCCACAUUUUUUAAUUCACAUAUACGUGCCCGUUCUUCAACUCAACACUUGACUGGUGGUGUUCGUCCUCAACCACUAAUGUCUCUUCAUGUGCCACGUCCACCUCACAUCCAACACUUCCCUCAACCCCAUCCCAACAUGCCACAACAGAAUUUCCAACUUGCUCAACUGCCCUACCAAUUUAGCCCACUGGCACCAACACAAUACUAUUGGAACAAAAGAAAUGGAAUGUUUCCGUUGCUGGGGAAUGUCGUUUCACGACUUUAA